UGCCAGUUCUGCGAGCCCACCGGCCUCGCCAACCCCGCCGACAUCUUCCACGUGAACACCGUUGGGCCCCUCAUCAUGACCUUCGACGUCUCGGCCAGCAAACAGGCCCUGGCCUUCGGCGACUCCGAGGGAUGCGUCCACCUCUGGGGCGGCUCCCCGGAGGUCACCUUCAACGCCUACUCCCGGGAAACCGACUUUGCCUUGCCCUGCCUCGUGGACACGCUGCCACACUUGGACUGGAACCAGGACCUCGUGCCGCUCUCCCUCAUCCCCGUGCCGCUGACCAACGACUCCCUGCUCUCCGACUGGCCAGCUGCCAACUCUGCCCCGGCACCCCGAGCGGCCUCUGACUGGCGGCGCGUUUCGCGAGCCCCUCCGGUAGAUCCCGAGAUUUUGCGCACCAUGAAAAAAGUGGGGUUCAUCGGUUACGCCCCAAACCCGAGGACCAAGCUCCGCAACCAGAUUCCCUAUCGCUUAAAAGAGACGGAUAAUGAGUUUGACAGCUUCAGCCAAGUCCCCGAGUCCCCGAUCGGGAGGGAAGAGGAGCCACACCUCUACAUGGUGGCCAAGAAGUACAGGAAGGUCACGAUCAAGUACUCCAAGCUGGGGCUGGAGGACUUUGACUUCAAGCAUUACAACAAGACGCUCUUUGCCGGCCUGGAGCCCCAUAUCCCCAAUGCCUACUGCAACUGCAUGAUCCAGGUGCUGUAUUUCUUGGAGCCGGUCCGCUGCCUGGUCCAGAACCACCUGUGCCAGAAGGAAUUCUGUCUGGGCUGUGAGCUGGGCUUGCUUUUCCACAUGCUGGACCUGUCCCGAGGAGACCCCUGCCAGGGAAGCAACUUUUUGCGGGCUUUCCGCACAAUCCCAGAGGCUUCGGCGCUGGGGCUGAUCCUGGCUGACUCGGACGAAGCCACAGGGAAGGUGAACCUGGGGCGGCUGAUUCAGAGCUGGAACCGUUUCAUCCUUACUCAGCUGCACCAGGAAACCCAGGAGCAGGAGGGACCGCAGGCGUAUCGGGGGGCUGGCAGCAGCAGUUUUGGGUCGGCGGGGGACUCGGUUAUUGGGCAGCUGUUCAGCUGCGAGAUGGAGAACUGCAGCAUGUGUCGCUGUGGCAAGGAGACCGUCCGGGUGUCCUCCACGCUGCUCUUCACCCUCUCCUACCCCGAGAGCACGGAAAAGCCGGUCAAAGAUUAUGAGUUUGCCCAAAUUUUAAAGCGAAGCAUCUGCUUGGAGCAGAACACGCAAGCCUGGUGUGAGAACUGUGAGAAGUACCAGCCCACGGUCCAGACCCGGAACAUCCGCUGCCUGCCCGACGUCCUGGUCAUUAACUGUGAGGUGAACAGCUCCAAGGAGGCGGAUUUCUGGAAGACGCAGGCUGAGUAUGCCUUCCAGAGAGCCGUGAUGAGGAGAGGAGGCUUUGACAUCACCAAAGGCAAAGAGAUCUCUCUUGGAGAGUGGAAGGAGCUGGGAAACCCCAACACGGGGCAUUCGUAUCCUUCCAUGGAGGAACUGAAGAACAUUUGGAUCCCCCACGCCAUCAAGAUGAGGCUUACCAAGAGCAAGGAGCUCGACGUCUGCAACUGGAGCGAGAGUGAUGAGCUCAGCCCCACGGACGACCCCGAGUCGGUGUAUAUCUACGACUUAAUGGCCACCGUCGUCCACAUCCUGGAUUCCCGCACGGGGGGCAGCUUGGUGGGGCACAUCAAAGUGGGAGAGACCUACCACCAACGCAAGGAGCUGGCGGAGGCCGCCCUGGCUCGCAAGCAGCGCAAGUGCCACGCCACCUUCAUCCCCCUCAUGCUGAGCGAGAUGCCGCAGGCGGGUGACCUGGUGGGGCUGGACGCCGAGUUCGUCACCCUAAAUGAGGAGGAGGCCGAGCUGCGCAGCGACGGGACCAAAUCCACCAUCAAGCCCAGCCAGAUGUCGGUGGCCAGGAUCACGUGUGUGCGUGGGCAGGGCCCUAACGAGGGGGUCCCCUUCAUCGACGACUACAUCUCCACCCAAGAGCAG